ACAGAAUGUCGAAAGUCGGGAAGAACAAGUAUACAGACAGAAUGUCGAAAUUCGGGAAGAACAAGUAUACAGACAGAAUGUCGAAAUUCGGGAAGAACAAGUAUACAGACAGAAUGUCGAAAGUCGGGAAGAACAAGUAUACAGACAGAAUGUCGAAAGUCGGGAAGAACAAGUAUACAGACAGAAUGUCGAAUGUAGGGAAGAACAAGUAUACAGACAGAAUGUCGAAAGUCGGGAAGAACAAGUAUACAGACAGAAUGUCGAAAGUCGGGAAGAACAAGUAUACAGACAGAAUGUCGAAAGUCGGGAAGAACAAGUAUACAGACAGAAUGUCGAAAGUCGGGAAGAACAAGUAUACAGACAGAAUGUCGAAAGUCGGGAAGAAUAAGUAUACAGACAGAAUGUCGAAAGUCGGGAAGAACAAGUAUACAGACAGAAUGUCGAAAGUCGGGAAGAACAAGUAUACAGACAGAAUGUCGAAUGUAGAGAAGAACAAGUAUACAGACAGAAUGUCGAAAGUCGGGAAGAACAAGUAUACAGACAGAAUGUCGAAAGUCGGGACGCAGAUUUCCCUCUUCCCCCUGACGCAGAUUUCCAACCGGGCAUACUUUUCCCAUUAG